CUCCUAUGUACCACCAGACAUUUGUGAUCACUGGGCAGAAGUCCUGCAUCAUCGCCCUGACUCUACUCUUAAAGAACUCCGUGACAUAUCAGCUGAGCGUUACCUGACAGCUCAGUAUCAUCCCUCAACUAUCCAGUUCAUUGCCGAAAAGGGCCUGCGGAAGUUCAGCAAGGUUCAGGGAGCCUAUAGGUCGUUGGUGGAAAACGGGAAGGCUGGCCUGAGCGUUGACAUGUUCGUGAGGCAGAUCGAGAGCCUACGGUAUAGUCCCUCCCAGCUGUCAGCAAGCUUCUCCUCAGUGAUCGAGAGCCUCGGGAGACUCGGUACAUCGCUCCAGACUAGCAGUGACCUCGAGAGAGUUCGGGAAGCUGAGAA